UUUCUACUAUAAAUUUUAAAUUACUAGUAUAUGUAUAAAUAUGACUUUUUCUUUUCUUACUUUUUUACUAACACACUAUGAAAUUCAUAAUGAAAACUGAACUUUUUUUUUUAAUACUUUUACUGCACAUACUUUUAUAUGAAAAUAAUGCAACUCUGAGAUUGGCCAACGAAAAAUUUCCAUUGAAUAAGCUGAAGUUUUGUGAAUUACUUGACUUGAAAAAAUAGAAAUAUUUGCUUAAAUAAUAAGCUUUAUCUACCUGAAAAGAAAAAAUUCAAAUGGCUGAUUUGAACUAUAAAAAUUUGAACGAAAACACACUCAAAAUGUAAAGAUUUGUUUGGCAAUGAGAAAGAAAUAUUUCUUCAAGUCGUGACAGCAAUCAGUGUUGUUAUACUCAAAUUACAAUGAAGACAACUGUUAACAAUCUCAUUUACUGUAAAUUUCCAAAAGAAAUACAGUUUAAAAAAAAAUUGAUAAUACAUGUAACAUCAUGACAAAUCAAGUCUAUCUAAUAUAUCUAAAAUCAAGAGAUUACGUGGAUUUAAAUAAAUAAUUGAUGAUAACAUCCACAUCAAGAGGAUAAUUUUAUAAAUACAAUUGAAAAUGAAUUCAUUGAUGGAGAAAUUACUCUACGUGUUCUUAAAAAAAAAUUACUUUUAAUAUAUUUAUUAAUAUUGUUAUUUUAUGAGCUAUAUAUUUCGAUAUAUCACAAUUUCGAAAUUUGAAUAUUGACAAUUGACUGAAAUUUCGAUUUACUCAAACGAAAAAAUCUCAGAGCAUAUGACCAAUCAAGAGACCAAAGUGACACACCUUCUACGACAUUAACACAACACUUUGACGAUAACUUGUGACAGUUAAUCCUAUUGCAGUCAAUGAGAGGGGCUUUCUGGAUCGUAAUUGAAUUUCAGCUGAUGAUUAUUCAAUUAAAAAUCACGAUGGAUACCAAUUAAGUCAAAUUAAAAAUCAUCAGGAUGAUGUAGAUGAAGGUAGAAAAAUUAAUUUGGCAACAAGAAUAAUGUCAAAUGGUGUUGAAGUUAUAGUUGCCAGUCCAACUCCAGCAUUAAGAUGGGAAAAUUCAAAUCCUCAACAUACUAUUAUUCUUUCUGAAAGCGUUGUUAUGCUAAUGCCACAAGAAGACCUAAAUGAAUUUAUAACUAAAACAUGUACAACAACAUUUACUUAUUUAAAUACUAUGACAAAAAAUGGCUCAACAAUUGUUUUUACAAAUCAACAAAUUGUAGCAAAUACAGCAACUGAAGAACGUCAUAAAAAGCUAGGAUCAGAAUCAUCAGCUGUAACACUUGAUGUUUCUCCUACUUUACAUACUGAGUUAUUUAAAACGACAUAUACUUAUCUUACACUAAAUGCUGAGUAUCCAGAUAUUGAAGAUGCAUUUGGAAGUAGUGAAAAAAUUAUAACAAAUACAGUAACAGUACCACAAUAUUAUUUAGAUGUAAAUUUAGAGCCUUCAGAGUUAUCACCUCCAUUGACAAAUACUUAUAUCAGUACAAGAAAUUUUCAUAAAACAAAAGUUGACAAUGGUAUUACUAAAGUUGAGACAAGUUUCGAAAUUUUAACCCAACUUAUAAUUACGGAUUCAGCUACAUCUACGCCUGAACCAACUAGUGUGGGAACUACAGUUACUGCUCUAGACUACAAAGAAGAAACAUCUAGUUCAGCUAUCUCAAAGUCUCACUAUGUCACUAACAUCGAUAGUAAGAUAAAUACUGACAGUGAAAUUAGUACGAGAAUUCAUACAAUUAAAACAACUGGUACCCAAUUAGUGACAGAAACUUUACACAGUAGUGAAUUUUUAAAUGGACAAACAAAUUCACAAUAUGGUGGAUCAAUAAAAAAUGUUGUAAGUGGUUCAACAAUUAUAUUUUUUGAUGAAGAAGAUCAAAUGGAUAGAAUUGGUUCUACUAGCCAAACUGCAACAGUAACUUCAACAGAUUUAUUUAAUCCCACAAAUGAAGAACAUAAUAAAAAUGAUAGUGUUAAAAUAAAAUUUGACAAAAAACCAGAUCCAAUUAAAAAUUAUGAUUCUGUAGAAAAAAAUCCAUCAAAUAAUAAUACACAUAAACCAGUUGGUGGUUUAUUAAAUUUUGGCUCUUUAGGAAUAAAUAGUUUAUCAGCAUUAGGACCAGUUAUAACUGCAAUGGCAGGUUUAUUACAAAGCACAACUUCUGUUAAUCAUAAAAAUUCAUCUAUUAAUUCUACAACAAAUUCAACAACAGUAUCAUCUGAUUUAAAACAAUCUACAAUACCAAGAUCUCCAAUUUAUAUACCUGUUGCUGAAUUUUCUGAUGGUGAUAUUGAUAGACUUGAUACAGCUGAAAGUCAAAAUAUUUUACAACAAAUUGGAAAUUCAAAUUUUACAGUUAAAACACGUCAUAAAGUUGCAAAUAAUAUUGUCAAUGGUAUACCAAUAUCUCCAGGUGAAAUAAUAACAGCAAAUAGUGAUGUUAUUAUUGGUAAACCAGGUGGACUUGCACCAAGACCUCCAAAAAAUCAUGAAAAUCAAAAUUAUGAAUUAAAUUCAUUUGCACUUGCUUCAUUAAAUAUUCCAACAAAUUUAGAAAUAAAUGGAAAUUCUAAAAUUGGUAUAGUAAAAAAUAAUGAUGAUUUAUUAUUAACACCACCAGUAAGACCAAAUAUUGAAAAAUAUGCAAAUCCAAAUCUUGAUCCAAUUGAAACUCAAAGAUUUACAAAUAAACAUCGUCAUUCAUGGAUGAAAAAUAAGCCAAUAAUAGCUGCAUCUGUAGUACCAACUCCUUCACAAAUUUAUCAUCAUCAGCAUCAUCAUCAUGAUCAUUCAUAUGAUCAUGAGUAUCAUGACUCAAAACGUAGACAAAAUUAUCAAGAUAAUAAGCAACUUUUAUGGACAGAUAAUAGUCAUGUCUCAAGUGUAUCAAGUUUUGUACAAUUGGCAAAUCAAUCUGCAUCAGUUAAAGUUACAAAACCAAUUAUACAUCAGGUACCUCAUGUUAUUGAUAGAUCAACUGGUCAGCCUUUACUUGUUAAUAUUCAACCAAGCCAAACGGCAAAUGUUGUGAUUCCUCAAGGUGAUGUUAAUGCUCUUAUUUUUGGUGGUACAAAUGAACCACAUAUUAGUGGUCAAUACUUUGAUGAGCCAUUACCAUACUUGCAAUCUCAAAAAUCUCAACCAACUCAUCCAUUUUUCAAUGGUAAUUCAACAUUUUAUUCAACUGUUUCUCAUCUACAUGAUGGUGUUAAUUUACAAACAAAUAUUCAUCAAAAAAAUAGACCAUCAAAUAUUUUGAUGCUUCAAAAACCUGAAGUAUAUAAUGGAUCAAGCCACGGACAAGUUCAUACUGAAAUUUUGGUUCAUCGACCAAUGGAUAAUACAGGUAUUUAUGUAUCAAGACCAGAAAUUAAUCAAAAUCGACCAAUAAUUUCUUCUUUACGUCAAGAUUAUCAUAAUCAAAAACAAAAUGAAAAACAUAUGAUUUCUCGAAAACAAAUGAGUUCUGUAUCACCACCUACGUUUCAAUUUCAUAAUAAUAAUAAUAAUGGAUACUUAAAUCAACAGUUGAAUAAAACAACAACCUUGACAAAUGAUUUUCUUAAACAAAAAAAUAAAAAAACAAAAAAUAAACCACCAUUUUUAGUUAGACCUUUAGAAAAUAAAGCACAAUUACCAUUUCGUAAAAAUUACGAUGGUUUUGUUAAUCCAGGUACUGGAGAUCAUGGAUAUUUUAUGCAAAAAUUUUCACCAACAAGAGUUUCUUAUACUCCAAAUUCAUUAUCUCAUUAUUCAUUCAAUAAUCAACACAAAAAUUUACAAACUCAAUCUUUAAUUAAUAACAAUUUCGGAGUUCAAUAUCCACAGAAUACGUCAUCUCUUGAAUUGAGCUAUAAACAGCCAGUAUUUAUAAAUAAUAUUCAGCCUAAUGUUUAUCAAAAUCAACCACAAAAUUAUCAUGUACCUUUGGAAGUUCAGCAUGUAUCACAUGACAUUAGUAUACCUGAAAUUCAAAGCCCUGUAAAGAAAAUAUAUCAACCAGAUGUAAAAAUAACAACAUCAAAUAUUGACGUUGAAUCAUCUCUUAUUUUUCAUGACUCACAAGCUGAAGAGUCAAAUGAAAAUGUUAAAAAAUACAAUCAAAUUGAUAAGAAAGAUGAUUUUGAAAAUUCACCAAUUGAAUCAACAGAAAGUAUGGAUAUUUUACUUGGUGAUAAUGAAUUUUCACAAAUGGAAAAUCAAGAUAUAGAAAUUCAUCAUGACGAUAUUAUUAAUGUAAUGAUGACAAAUCCUGUUAGUCCAACAACUGUUGAAGAUACAAAUUUAAAAUAUCAAUCAACACAAACAGAGCAUGAUAACUAUGAAUUUCAACAUUCAAAAACUAUUGAAGAAAAAAUUAUUACUGAAGAAAAAUUGAGUGAUGAGAAUGUUGAUGUUGAACCGCUUAAUAAAAAUUCACAAGAUUUUAAAAUAGUGGUUGAUGUAACUGAUAAUAUUGAUGAUAUAAGACCAACACAUUCAAUACAAACUUCUUCAUAUAAUAGCGAAGAAAUAAAAUCUCAAAUAACUUCAUCAGAACGAGAUUAUAUGGAAACAUCGAGUCAAGAAUACUCACCGAUAUUUGAUUCAAGCAAAUAUGUACAUUUUCCAAGUGAUUUAGUUAGUAAUUAUGAAGAACAUUCACAUAUUUAUUCAAAUGAAUAUGAAAAUAUUCAACAAGAAAGUAUUAUGUCAACUCUUGAAACUUCAAAAGUUGAUAAAUAUUAUACAAGUGUUAUUGGUGAUUAUUCUAAACUUGAAUAUGGAAAUAUUGAUAUUGAAAAAUCUUUUACAUUUAAUAAAAAUGUAGAUCAUCAUUCACAAAUUGUAUCAGUUAUUAAUUCAACACCAUUAAUAACAUCAACAAUAAUACAAUCAUCUAAAUUAAAAUCUAAAAAACCAGAUAAUAAAGAUUAUCAUAUAGAUAAUAUAAAAACUUUUAAUAAUAUAAAACCUUCAAUUAUUAUUUAUGAUGAUAAUAAAACACCAGAAUUAUUGUAUAACGUAAAUUUACCAAAAAAAGAUGAUAAAAAAUUAUUAUUUACUGGUAAUUUUGAUGUAUAUCCAGCAGUUCCAUCAAGAACUAUGAUGCCACCUUCACCAAUAUUAAAAAAUACAAUGAGAACAAAAAUUCGUUCAAAGCUAGAAGAUAAAAAUAUUGUUGGUAUGUUUCCUCCUACUGUAUCAACUUCACCAAAUUCAAGAUCAAGUUCAAAACCUUCUGGUAAAUUUAAUCGUUUAUCAAAUAAAAUAAAUAGAAAAAAGCCACUUUCUCCAUUACCACAAUUAGACAUGGUACCACCAGCAAUACAAACAACUAAAUCAUUUGCAAUAAAUCAUUUACCACCACAAAAUAUGGUACCACCACCACUACCAUCAUCAUCACCUUCAUUGUUACCAUCACCUCGUACUGUUAUUUAUUCAUCACCAAUGGAAUUAUUAACAUUACGUCCAGCAAUUGCAGUAUCAGGCUCAAUUCAAAUUGCAACAGAUAUUACUAAAAGUCGUACAUCUUUAAUGCAAGAUGUUGAAUCAACAAUACCAAUUAUUCAUGGUACAGUUAAUUUUUCAGUUGCAACAGAUACUUUAAAAAUAACAAGUUCAUUACAUACACAAAAAACUAAACCCAUUAGAAUACAUACAAUUAAAGUAUUUGAAAAAAAACAUGAUGUUUCUUUGUCGUCAUUAUCAAGUCAAGUAUUUAUGCCAACUAAAUCAAAAUCAAUUGAAAUUGUCAGUAAGUCUUCGACAAUGCAAUUGAAUAUACAUCCAGUUCAAUCAUACAAUAAAGAGUUACCUUUCUCAUCAAAAGUAAUGUCUCCUAUUGUAAUUCUUGAAGCAAGUUAUCCCAAUACAAUUUCAUCAACUAAUCAAAUAAAUCCAACAGCUUUACUUGAUGAUAAUGAAAUGAUUUGGGAUAUCACUGAAUCUAGUGAACAUCAUCAUCAUAACAACAAAGCAAUGAUUACAAAAAAAAUUAGUAAUGAUAACUUUGAUUUUGAAUUUGAUAAUCCAAUUGAAUUGAAUGAAAGAAAAAAUUAUACAUCAAUAAUAAAAAGUACAAGUAGCGAUUUACAACUUGAUACAACAAAAAUGACAAUACCAACAUUUACAAAUGUUGAAAUAAAACCAACAGGUGUUACACAUUAUAAAACUAUAACAAUAACUAGAACAGAAACUUCAAUAAUUGGUUCACCUCCAACAACAACAACAAUCAUUAUGACACGUACAAUAACAUCAACAGUUAUUGAAACAGUUACAGAAACUUUAAUUCGUCCAACAAAUAUACAUUCUACAAUAACAUCUGUAACAACACUUGUUUUACCAACACCAACAUCAACAACAACAGCAACAACAAGUACAAUUGAACUUGAAUCAUCAAAAGUAUCAUCAAGUGAUCCAAUUGAUUCAAUUUUUAUUGUUAUGUCUGAUCAAAAUUUACCAUCUAAUAAUGCAGAAACAAUUGAAGCUGAAUAUGAAAAUGAAGAAAAAAUAAUAUCACGUGAUGAACAAGAACAAGUUAAUGAAUAUCAUCGAGCAAUGUCAGAAGAUAAAUUAAGUGCUGUUCUAGCUUCUCAUGGUACAACAAUAACAAAAUGUUAUCCAGAAUGUCAACAAUUAAAAUUAGAAAUAUGUAAAGAAGUUGGUACUAGUAGUGGUAUUGUUGAAACAAGAUGUGUUUGUCGUCCUGGUUUUACAAGAAUGUUUCCAGAUCGUCCUUGUAAACCAACUUAUACAUAUGUUUUACAAAUUGCAUUAGAACAAAAUAGUUAUCAAUCAUUGUUACAUAAUACUGAUUUAAAUACAAGUAUUACAUGGGUAUCAAAAGAUUUAAAAUAUUUAAUAAAAGAUGCUAUUGAUAGAACUCUUAUGCAAAGUGAUUUAAGAGAUAUUUAUCAAGGUAUUCAUGUACUUGGUUAUCAUCCAAAUCUUACAGAAGUUGGUUUACGUGUACAAUUUACAGAAAAUACAAAUGAAACAAGAUUAGAAGAAGUAUUAAAAAAAUAUUUAAUUACACAUAAUUUUAGUUUAGGUGGUACUGUUAUUCAUGCUUCACGAAAUUUUGAAAAAACUCGUGUAAAAGAUUUUAAUGAAUGUUUAAUGCAAGAAGGUGGACCAUAUCAUGAUUGUUCACCACAAGCAUAUUGUUUAAAUCGUCAUGGUUAUUAUGAAUGUUUAUGUAAAGAAGGUUGGAAAGAUAUUACUGAAAAUUCAUUAUAUCCAGGUCGUUUUUGUACACAAACACUUGUUGGUUGUUCAAGUUGUAAUAAUUAUGGUCAUUGUUUAAGUAAUUCAUAUGGUAAAAAAAUAUGUGAAUGUUUUCCAUGGCAUACUGGACAAUAUUGUCAAUAUAAUUUAAAAGCUUUGUUAAUUGCUCUUGUUACAACUGGUGCUAUAUUACUUAUAUUAUUAAUAAUUUGUUUGGUAAUAACAUCAUUUCAAUCAGCAUAUGGAAAAAAAAAAUAUGCUGAUCAACGUGCAAUGAUUGCAACAGCUGAUGAUGAUGCAUCAAGUAAUGAAAGUAUUACAAAUGUUACUUUACCACAUCAUGUUCCACAUACACUUCCAUUACCACAUUUAUCUGAUAAAAGAAUUUCAAUAAAUACUAAUAAACAUUUAAAAAAAAAUCAAAAUGGUUUUAAAACUGCUAAACAACCUUGUUCAUCAACAUCAAAAAUUGGAGAAGAUAAUACUGAUUCAAAAGGUUUAAAUGUAAAAAUACCAAGAGCUAAAUAUACAACAGGAAAACAAUUUUCAAAUCUUUCUGUACGUCAAUUAACAAAUAUAUUUUCAUCUGAUAAAAGAAAAUUAUUUAAAUAUGUUAAAAGUGAAAUACCUGAACAAUAUAAAUUUAAUCAAGCUAGUAUGACAAAAGAAUAUAAUAAAGAUUGUGAAAAUUCUGACAUAAGUAGAAGCAGAAAUACAUUAAACAAUGGAGCACUUGUUAGUGCUGGUUUUCAGGUAACAGCAACAGUGGCAAAAUUUAUUGACAAUGAACCAAUGGUAGAUAUGAGAAUAAUUGAAUCAUCAACAAAUAAAACAAAUAGAAGUUCAAUAGGUUCCAAAGAAAAAACAUCAAUAUCAUCAAAACAUUGGGAUCCAUCAACAUCACAAACAAUGAGUGGUUAUUUUACUCUUGAUCGUGGUGGUGAUAAAAAUUCAAGAACAAGCCAUAUGUGUCGUGAUGAUGAUAUAUAUAUUCAUCAAUUUUCACCAAGUUCACAAGAUACACGUGAUGCUCGUGAUAGUGCAAGUGAUGGACCAAUAACUGCUGAACGUAAUUUAGGAAGUACAUUGAGGCUUCAACAUAAAAUUUCUCAUAAUACAAAUGAGAUAAGUGAUCGAGAUUCAAACUUUGAUUCACUUUGAAGUCAUUCACAGAUCAUAAAAUUAGCCAAAAUUUGAAGAGGCAAACCAAAUUUUCAUUAAUAUCGCAUGAGAAAUUAAGACUAUUUAAUCAGCUCUUCUACAGUCCAGUGUGACGAUAAAUAGAUAAAUUAUUUUAAGGAAGCCAAAAUGUUAAUAAGACACACUUGAUUAGCAUCAUAAUUUUAUUUAUCAUUUUAUCAAUGUUAUUAAUGCCAUUGUUAUAUAUAUACAUAUAAUCUAUUAUUUAUGUCAGCCACAUAAUUUAAAUUGCCAUCUCAAAAAUUGCUUUUAAUUCCGAGUAUAUCAUUUAUUUUAUUCAAUAGAAAAAACGGAAUUUUUAACAGCAAAAAAUUAUAACCACGCUAAUAACCAGUGAUUAUAUUAAUUGAUAAAGAA